AUGAGACCCUUCUACCUGCCCCUGCUAGCAGGCGCCCUCAUCCAUGAAACUAUAGCCUCAACGGCGACCGGCCCUGCAGCCUGUACCAAUCUGACCACCCAAUUGGGCACCUCAAAGGUAGUCCGUAGCCAGCUCAACCUCCACUAUAUCGAAAGUCUGGAGUACUGGAACACCCUCCAAGACGCCUACAAACCGUCCUGCGUGGUCUACCCAACCUCUGCGCAAGAUGUCUCCACAGCGCUCCAAGCCAUCCGCACAGCAGACUCUCGCUUCGCCAUCAAAGCUGGCGGCCACAAUCCAAACACGUUCUUCUCCUCCGUCGAUGCAGGCGUCCUCCUCGACAUGAGCCGAAUGACGGCCAAAUCCUACGAUCCCGAAACGACUCUCGCCACCUACGAGCCCGGCGGUGUCUUCGGCGAUCUAUACGACUACUUCGUCCAGUAUAACCGCACCGUCGUCGGCGCCCGUCUCGCAGGUGUAGGUACCGGACUCGCUCUCGGCGGCGGCAUGAGCUAUCUCUCGCCGCAAUACGGUCUGGCCUGUGACUCCUUCCGCGAGCUGGAAAUCGUCCUGCCAAGCGGCGAAAUCGUCACUGCAUCCAACAUCUCCCAUCCAGACCUCUUCUUCGCGUCCCGCGGCGGCGGCGGAAAUGCCUACGGCGUCGUCACAAAGUACACCGUGCAAAGCCGGCCUAUCGGCGAACUAUACGCUGGAAACGUCAUCUACGCGUUCCCCCAGAAAGACACCGUCAUCGAGGCGAUUGGCAACUUUAUCAAAUACAACACCGAUCCCAAAGCCGCCAUCAUCGGGACCUACGAGAAACUACCCACGCCCGAUUUGACUCUCAACCUCGACGAGGCAAUCAUCAUGUUCCUCGUCUACGAUGGUCCGGAUCCGGGAGACGCCUUUGCCAAUUUCACUGCCAUCCCACACCUGCUCAACACUUUGAGUCUGAAAACUUAUCCCGAGGUGGUCAAUAUGCCCAUCCCGCUCGCGACAGAACUCUCCCGCGGCGCAAACAUCUUCCGCGUUGGCGUCCAUCGUCCAGACAAUAAUUCUUACUCCGACGCCCUUGAUAGAUGGCGCUCGUGGGCGGAAUCGAAUAAAGGCAAAUACGUCCUGCUUUCGCUGGAUUUCCAGCCCGUCCCGCGCAGUUUGACGGAUGCGAGUAAAAGCCAAGGUGGGAAUGCGAUGCAGAUGCCGGAUGGACCGUGGUUUUGGUUGAAUUAUCUGAUCACCACCCCGGCCGGUAUGAGUGAGCCGGAUUACAAGGCGGUGCAGGAGAGUUAUCGGGAUUUGGUGGCGGAGUCGGGCAAUGCGGAGGGGUUACCGCUGUUCAUCAAUGAUGCGAAUGUGGAUCAGGAUCCGUUGAGGUCGUUUAGCACUUUUGAGAGGCUGAAGGAGAUCAAGAAGGUGUAUGAUCCGGAUAACUUUUUUGUGGAGAAGACGGGUGGUUGGUCGUUUGAGUGAGAGGGAGUCAAUGGAGGUCGAGACCCGAGAGGGUCGUUCUAUAAGAGGGUGUGUGACAGUGAAGAUGGAAGAAGGUAAUUCACCAU